CUAGCUAGCUAGCCGAUCUACAACUGCGCCCGAACCCAGACAUUGCAAUACCUAGGAUCACACCAAAAAGUCGACGGAGAUGGCGGCGGCGGUCGGCGACGCCCUCCUCCGUGACCGUCUCAGCGACGUCCCGGACAGCAUCCUGGUGGCCAUCCUCUCCCUCUUGCCGAUCGACGAAGCGGCCAGGUCUACCGCGCUCGCCUCUCGCUGGCGCCACCUCUUUCCGUCCACCCUCCUCGAUUUCAGAGCCCCCAGGCGCAACGUCGUCAAGGUCGUAGACUCCAUCCUCGCCACCCACCCCACCGCUCUCGUGCGCUCCUUUAGUGCCGGCAGGCUCCGCUUCCGCGCCGACCAAGGCAGCGCCCCCUUGGACGGCUGGCUCAAGGAUCUGGCGAACCGCGGCCUCGAGGAACUCGUCCUCCAAUUCGAAGAGAGGAGGGAGGCGAUCCCGGAAUCCAUCCUCGCCUGCGCCUCCCUGAAGCACCUCCGGGUGAUCUCCGGCGCCUUCCCUGACGUCACCGAGGCAGCCGCGUCCCCCCUCGCCCGCCUCACCAAGAUCGAACUCUCCGCCGUCAAGAUCUCCGAUGAGUCGGUGGAGUCCCUGCUCUCGCAGUGCACGGCUCUGGAGCACCUGGAGAUGAAUGGCGUGAGCAAUUGCGGCUGCCUUCGUAUCCGGUCUCGGAGCCUCAAGGUCCUCAACAGCCACGGCGACUUUGAUGAGCUCUUCAUCGAGGACGCUCCUAACCUGGAGCGGGUGCUCGGCAACUUCAUGCACCUCAGAAAAGUGCAUAUAGAGGUCAAGCACGCUCCGAAGCUGGAGUUCUUAGGUUACCUCAGCAUGCUCCACACAAUUGAGAUUGGAGGCACGGAGUUGCUGUCAAUAAAGGAAGUAGAAGCUGAAAACGAAGACGAUGAUGAAGACGAAGACGAAGAGAUUAGACCGCCAAGGAAGUUCACGGAAGUAAGAAAUUAUGUGAAGACAAUGCCAAGCAUGAAGACGCUGGCCGUCUCGGUGAGCUACAUGACCAGAGGGUAUUACACGAUUGAGGGGUUUAUCGGUUGGUUCAUGGAGCUCCUCAAGCUGUUCCCUUGCCUGGAGACGCUCUACAUCAAGUCCGAGUCCUGGUCCGGGGUUGAUGAGGACGAGGUGCCGGGCUCUUGGGACGUGCUGAGAUCCGUUCCCUGCAUCAACAACCACCUCGAGAAGGUGGUGUUGGAGGUUUACAGAGGGCACGACUGGCAGAUGGAGAUGGCCAAGUUCUUCCACGGGAGGAGUAGGUUCCUCAAGACCAUGGAAUUCCACUGCAUGGACGAUACAGGCAGAGCAGACUACGGCAAGGCCCCGAGCGAAGAAUGGGUCGGGAACCAGCAUGAGCUCCUGUGCUUCGACAGCCGGGUUUCGAGUGACGCCCGUUUCGUCUUCUUCAAGCAUCAGCUGCCGUGUAACCAUCAUUAUAUAUGCCACGACGAGGAUUACAAGAGGGAUUAUUACAGUAACCUUUAUGAGGUUUAACAAGUCCUCGUUGGGUGGCUAGAAGAGUUGACGCAUAGAUUUUUUUUUUAAUUUGGUUAUAUUAGGGCGACUUUGGAAUUUGAGAUGGGCUGAUGUUUCUAGUUGUCAAAUGGUUGAACAAUAGGUACUACUUCCUCCGUCCAACAAAAGAGAUCUCAAGUUUGACUAAAUUUAAAUGCAUCUAUACACUAAUUCAUGUCUAGAUGCAUUCAAAUUUUGACAAACUUUAGACAUCUUUUGUUGGACGGAGGGAGUAUUUGGUUCGCCUUAAACACAUGUGAACUCGUUCCUUAUACUCAACGGAUAUAAUUCUGAAUAGGUAGAUGAUUAAUGCUUGAAUCUGUUGGUCUUUUUGGAUAUGGUGCUGAGAACUAUGUUAAGCACAGGCGUGCUUGUUCUUUUCUGUUUGGUAGUGUAUGCUAGCUGGAGGCUGCAA